AUGGCUUCGGACAUCAAUACUUUCGGAGUUGUAUCUGACGGAAUCGACCGGGCACAGUUCGGUGUUGCCCCACCUAUCCGCGUACCCACAGAUCCUCGGCCACCCCCAGAGGCUCUGAAGUAUCAAAAGCCUUCUAUCAGACACGUCAUUGGUGACAACUUGCUUUCAGUGGUAGUACAUCCCCAGUACGGCAUCAAGAAGAUCCGAGCUGCAGUCAAGGAAAAGCGAGAAGCCACAGCCAAGGAGCAUGAACCGCCAAACGAGCGCACCGGAGAUGAGGAUGCACCCACGCUCGCACCCCUUCCUCCUUUCCAAUCGAUUGACAGUGAACGACUAGAGUAUGAAUUGAACGAAAAGCCUCGAUUUCCCCCCCUGAGAGACUUCAUUCAUCAGCCCUUCACUGCAGUGCAAUCUGUCGUGCAGGAUCAGCGUGGUAGCGACUUGGCGGAGAACAUCACCAGCCCAGAAGUCGCACAUGGAGCGACGGUCGAGCUGGUACGCCAGAGUGACAAGGUGUCGGCUGCGACGACCGAGGAUGAGCGGACAACAGCAUUCGAAACCUUGGUACAAAUGAAGCAACUCAGGCAGGAUGCAUACGUUCGAUGGACAAUCGACCGCCAUGUGAGACGUGUAGGCAGAAUUCAACUACUUGACGGCCCUCCAGCACGGCCAUCACUGAUCGGGGGAACCACCACCAAAAACGCCGUCGAAAAUUGGAAAACAUACGCCAGAGAUCUAUUGAAAUAUGAGAUUGAGACCUACGCGGAGAAUUACGUAGACAAUAAUUACGAAUUACCCCGGCCUAACCGCAAAACUCUUGCCUCAAGCCUUGAGCGAGUCGUCAUUGCCUCGACGCCUGUGCAAAAUGUUUUCAUGAAAUUACGAAGCAUAGCUCGUUGGGAGAAUCCAUCGGAGAGCGCCAGAUAUAUGGUUCUAUACUUUGUACUCUUAUUCUUCAGCCAAAUCACACGCAUGAUGAUUCUCUUCAUUCUGGUCAAAGUCAUGUUUCAAAAGUGGUAUCCCACAAGUAUAGACGAGCUGAAGGAGUCGAUCUGCAAAGCCGAAAAUAGUGAUGGCACAGCAACGAAUUUGACAGAUCUUGUUAUUCAGUAUGGAACCCGUGGCUGGGUCGAUCGUGCUAUUGAAAAUGUAGGUCCCGAGCUCUCCGACUGGCUCGAAUACACUGCAGAUAUACUGGAAAUGGCUCGCAACAGUUUCUGUGAAUGGCGCAAUGCUCGAAGUACGGCGGUGACCUUGAUUGUGUUCUCUGCCUGGUGGGUGUUAAUCACACUGGCACCAACCUGGCUGCUCGUUCAGAUGAUCUUCUCCUCAGUUGGAUUCACGUUCUUUGUCCUGACACCAAUUGCUGUUCGCCAUCGACGAUAUCGCUUGUUGACAUCGCCAUGGAUAUGGUUGAUGUGGAAGAUUCCAACUCACGCUGAAUGGGCUAUUGCUCGCCUCCAGGCGGAAGCUAAACAACAUUUGGCAGAGCAAGGGAAGGACGAAACCCAAAUUGACACCAACAAUACCGAAACACCGCUCGUGAUUGGGAGCUAUUCAUGCACAGGAGGAAAUAUUGUUGUCACCGCGACCGAUGUUACAUUCUCGCCGCGGCGCGCAGCAGAUGCUACUUGGCGGGUCGAGUUCAGUAACUUGACCGGAAUCCAGAAGAUUACCGAAGUAAGCAAGGGUGGUGAAUAUGAAGGAAUCAUUUUUGAGUCGUUUGAUGGCUCAGUACAGCGCGCGCAGCACGUGGACUGUCGGAAUGAGGUCUUCUCGCAAAUAAUAGGGUAUAGUGCUUUACCUUGGAAAAGGACUGGGUAG